AUGGAAGCCAGACUGAAGGCUUCAGCCCCCUUACCCUUGGUCUCUGCCGUCAGUCCUCUAAGCAAGGAACUUGUCCCUAUCAAUGACCCCCAGCAGGGCCGUUCUUCACUAUCAGCCUCCUAUACUCUGCCCAUGAACUUCGAGGACCGAGCUACUUCGUUCUUCGCCUUUAAUUUCAUUAUGGAUGUGAACGGUCCCAGCAAGGGACAUUUCACCCGUGUGCUUGAUCUCAGCCGAGCCCAGGACUUGGACGAAGCCCUCAUAGCAAGCAUGAAGGCGGUUGGUCUAGCGUCAUAUUCACAUAGAGCAUGUGCUCCUUCGCUCAUGAAGAAUGCUCGAUAUCAAUAUAUGAAGGCUAUCCAGCUCACUACCGCCGCUCUUCGACAUCCUGACGAUGUUAAAAAGGACAGCACGUUGAUGGCAAUUGAGAUCCUUGCCCUUUUCGAGACGGUGACGGGAUGUAAACAAGACUCCCUCAAGAAUUGGAUAGAUCACCUCAAUGGCGCAGCUGCUGUGAUCAAGUUACGCGGACCGGGCCAAGUGCAAACAAUUGGAGGCCGGCGAAUGAUGGUGCAAGUGACCGCUGGUCUACUGGUUAAUUGUAUUCAUCAGUCGAAGCGUGCUCCGGAUCAUAUUCGGGAAUUUAUGAAUGAGGCUUUUAAAUUAUCCUCCUUCGAUGGAGGACCGGGAUUCAAAAUCCAAGAGUCUAUGUUGAAAUAUGCAGACCUCCGUGCUAGUAUCCGAGAAGGAAUAUUGCAGGGUCCCCAGGAUGUUCUUUCCAAAGCCUUAGAGCUAGAUGGCGUACUUCUCUCGAUGGCCACGGAUCCCUAUCCUGGAUGGCAGUAUCAGCUAGUUCUCACGGAUGUUGAUUCGGAUGUCAUUUUUAAUGGCAGAUACCAUGUUUACUACGACUACUGGAUGGCUCUCAUGUGGAACGCCUUGCGAAUACAGAGGAUCAUGGUGAAUCAAACCAUCCGAGAAGCUUUGCUUGAUGGCUUCUCGUCCAAACCGCCGAUUUUUGCUGAGCCGGAAUACAGUGCUCAAUACCAAGUGUCGACGGACACAUUACAUGAGCUACAGGCCGAUAUCCUAGCCACUGUGCCCCAACAUAUUGGACGAGGUAGUCCACCACGAGGGCUUUCGCUAGAUCGUAUUAUGCGGGAUCCAUCCGGGACCGAUUUACCUCCAGUUCCCAUGGUAGGCGGGUCAUUUCUGAUGUGGCCUCUUUGGUUUGCCGGCAUCAUGGACAUCGCGACAGAUGAGGUUCGAUGUUUUGUUGUUAAAAACUUGCUGUCCAUUGGGGAUGUUCUGGGAAUUCAGCAAGCCCACGUUCUGGCAAAGUUGGUAAAGGAGAAAACAGAAGUUGAAGUUUGGAAGAAAAGGUGA